AAAACUGAAGCACACGCACUACACAUCUCCUUUCAAAUGUUAGAUCUCUAUUUACAAAUGGGGAAAUUUGUCGCGAUGGCGGAAUUAGUGCGUGUGCUUUAGUUUGUUCGAGUGUUAGCAGUGUGAGCAGUUAACAAUGUCCUUUCAAUUGUUAGAUACCUAUUUAAAAGUCGGGAACAUUGUGGCAAUAACUCCGCCUUCCGUUGAAAGCAACAAAAACUCAAAAUUCCGUCAAAUUCAUCAAGUGAUUGUGAUACUACUUACGAUUACUUGUGUCACGGUAUCAGUGUAUUUCAGAAAUUUCUAUUUACAGUACAAUUUUGCAAAAAUUACACUAUGUCUUCUUACCGAUAUUGUAUUGUGUACUUAUUCUUGUCGAAUAGUUAUUGAAGCGUCCAAAGUGUUACAGUGGAGUGAAUUAAUCAGUGGUUUAAAAAACACAUCCUGUUUGUUAGAAGAGGACGACAAUGAUAAAAGAAAAUGGAUACAAUGGAAAUUUGUGCUACCUCAGCUUACUUUCUUUAUUGCCGUAAUUUAUAUACUGCGGACCUGGUUUUCCGUUUUGGGGUUGUUGGAGUUCGGAUACGUGUUCGAGCUAUUGCAAAUUUAUCUUCAGUUUUGUCACAGCUUGUAUUUGCACACACUUCUAGAAAUGAUUCGCCAGAGAUAUGAAGCUUUGAAGCGCUACUUCGAAAAGGGUUUCUCCAGAAACGACAAAAAUUUACAUCAGAUGAGUUGCUUUGCCUGCACGUUGAAGGACACUGUGAACAGAUUUAAUGAGAUAUUCGGAUGGUCUUUACUUUUCCUCAUCGCUUUCACUACUCUUCAAUUUCUUAAUUCUUUAGAAUAUAGUCUUGAAUAUAACGAAUUUGGAAAAGAAAACGCGUCUCAUAUUGUAAUAUCACAAGUAAUAACUGUUCUUCUAUCUUUCUUACCUACAAGCAUACUACUUUUGAAAUUUGAAAAUAUAAUGGCAGAAUUCGAUAAUAUUGUGUUUUUGGUAACGAAAUCUACUACAACAAUUUUAGAUGUAAAAGGAAGGGAAGAAAUGGAAAGAUUUGGUGACAUUCUAACAAAAAACCUUCCUCAGUUUAGCGCAGCCAGAUUUUUUGUCCUUGGCCGAUCUACAAUCCUGAGUAUAUUUGGAACGGUUGCUACGUUUUUUAUAAUUUUAGUUACAUUUGUACCUAAUGCAAGAUUAGAUCAUGCACCUGCAGCAAAUCUAUCUCUGCCUCACAAUUAAAAAAAAACUUUGUGUUAAAGUUGUUAUAACCAUAA